AUGUCCAGAGCAUUUUCGAAACUUUUAUUCUAUUUCGGAAUUUUUCUGAGUUUUGGGAUCAUUUCCACGAUUCUGAGUGUUCCAAAAUUCCUCAAAAAAACAAGCCUUCAAUAUAAAACGACCAAAGAUGAAACGACAACAACAACGAUUUCGACACCAACAACAGAGCCACCAACAUCAGAAACCACGCUAGAGUUCUUCACUUCAUCAUCCCCUUUUUCGACAUCACAAAAGGCAAAAGAGACAAGCUCUACUUCCAAAACACUAGAUUUGACUGAAACAACAACUCCAGCUUCAAACACCAUAAUUUUGACAGCGACAACACCAACAACAACGGAGACAACAACAGAGAUAGGAACAACGACGCUUACCGAACCAAUAACAACACCAUCAUUUGAAAUCACGACAGAAUCUCGAUGUGCCAGCUUCGAUUGCCUAAAUGGAGGAGUAUGUGUUCUUGAGUACGGAUAUCCAAAGUGCGAAUGUAAGGAGCCCUAUUUCGCAAAUCACUGCGAGCGGCACCCAUGUGACUUUCACGAUUGUAACAAUGGCAUCUGCAUAUACGACGAUAAAAAUAAAAUUCCAAGAUGCGUCUGCGAGCCGAAUUACGCUGGUGAGUUCUGCGAACAAACUCUGUGCGAGAUUCAAGGAUGCGAAAACGGAAGCACUUGUUUAAUUGAAAACGGAGUUGCUAGAUGUAAAUGCCUUGUCUCGUAUUCAGGCGAAAAAUGUCAGUGCCCUCCGAUCUUUGAAAAGCAGCGAGAGCAUGGAAGCUUUGUUUAUAGACAGUGGCACGGGGCAAAAGCUCAUUGCGAAAAUAAAGGAGGUUACCUUUCAUUUUUUCUCAACCACAAAGAAUUUGCCGAUUAUAUUCUCAAAUAUCGAGGGCAGAAACAUGAUGAAUGGAUUGGAUACGAGCAAAAGUAUCCAAACAACAAAUACUUGUACAAAACCGUUGAUGGAAAUGAUGCGGAAUACUACAAUUGGGCGGAAGGCGAACCGAGUGAGGAUUGGGAGUACUGCGUUCAACUUUUUGACAACCGAGAUACGAUGAAUGACAAAGAAUGUAGUGCAGAGUGCUUUGAGUACACAACGAUCAAACAUGAAACAACAACUUCGACGCCAACAACAGAGACAACAACAACGACGCUUCCCGAACCAAUAACAACACCAGCAGCAGAAUUCGAAAUCACGACAGAAUCCCCAUGUGCCAGCUUCGAUUGUAUGAAUGAAGGGUCGUGCGUUCUUGAUCACGGAUAUCCAAAGUGCGAAUGUAAAGAGCCCUAUUUUGCGAAUCAUUGCGAGCGACAUCCAUGUGACUUUCACCAAUGCGUAAUUGGAGUUUGCAUCUACGACGAAGAAAUUCAGAGUCCAAAGUGCGCAUGUGAUCCAAAUUACGGAGGUGAAUUCUGUGACCAAACUUUGUGCGAGAUUCAAGGAUGCGAAAAUGGAAGCACCUGUUCGGUAGAAAACGGAGUUGCAAAAUGUGAAUGCCGCGUAUCAUACAGUGGAGAAAAAUGCCAGUGCCCUCCGAUCUUCGAAAAGCAGCGAGAGUAUGGUAGCCUGGCUUACAGACAGUGGCAUGGAGCAAAAGCUCAUUGCGAAAAAAGAGGAGGUUACCUUUCAUUUUUUCUCAACCACAAAGAGUUUACCGAUUAUAUUCACAAAUAUCGAGGGCAGAAACAUGAUGAAUGGAUCGGAUACGAGCAAAAGUAUCCAAACAACAAAUACUUGUACAAGACCGUUGAUGGAAACGAUGCGGAAUACUUCAAUUGGGCGGAAGGCGAACCGAAGACAACAACAACGACGCUUCCCGAACCAAUAACAACACCAGCAACAGAAUUCGAAAUCACGACAGAAUCCCCAUGUGCCAGCUUCGAUUGCAUGAAUGAAGGGUCGUGCGUUCUUGAUCACGGAUAUCCAAAGUGCGAAUGUAAAGAGCCCUAUUUUGCGAAUCAUUGCGAGCGACAUCCAUGUGACUUUCACCAAUGCGUAAAUGGAGUUUGCAUCUACGACAAAGAAAUUCACAGUCCAAAGUGCGCAUGUGAUCCAAAUUACGGAGGUGAAUUCUGUGACCAAACUUUGUGCGAGAUUCAAGGAUGCGAAAAUGGAAGCACCUGUUCGGUAGAAAACGGAGUUGCAAAAUGUGAAUGCCGCGUAUCAUACAGUGGAGAAAAAUGCCAGUGCCCUCCGAUCUUCGAAAAGCAGCGAGAGUAUGGUAGCCUGGCUUACAGACAGUGGCAUGGAGCAAAAGCUCAUUGCGAAAAAAGAGGAGGUUACCUUUCAUUUUUUCUCAACCACAAAGAGUUUACCGAUUAUAUUCACAAAUAUCGAGGGCAGAAACAUGAUGAAUGGAUCGGAUACGAGCAAAAGUAUCCAAACAACAAAUACUUGUACAAGACCGUUGAUGGAAACGAUGCGGAAUACUUCAAUUGGGCGGAAGGCGAACCGAGUGAGGAUUGGGAACACUGCGUUCAACUUUUUGACAGCCGAGAUACCAUGAAUGACAAAGAUUGUAAUGCAGAGCGUGACGCCGACCGAAAUGUCCGCUGUAACCAAGUCGGCCUCCAAUCAAUCCCCGCUUUCAAUAACCGAACAGAAUUCGCAGCCCGAAUCGCCUUUUUCGCCGACAAUGAAAUCACAGAGCUCCAAGAAGUUGGAAAAGACUGUUAUGAUAAGGAGAGACCAUGGGAUUAUACAGGCGAUAUUGACUUUACAGUAACUGGAGAGAAAUGUAUGGACUGGCGGAAAGGGACGACCCACAGACCCAAGCACUACCCCACUCAAAGUGGAAGUUCCAAUUUCUGCCGAAACCCUGACAGUGACCCAAACGGACCCUGGUGCUACACAACAGACCCUAAUGUUGUCUACGCUUAUUGCAAUGUACCCACUUGCGAUGAAAGCAAAUCAAAGGAGCGUCAAAACAACGUCAAUUGCAUAUCAGAUUCGCGCGGUACAGCUUAUCGAGGCUCUCAGCGGUUCGCGACAAAAGAUGGGAAGUUCUACCUCUGCCAAAGUUGGCACGCGGUGGAACCCCAGCGAUCGAUGUUUUUGAUGGACGAAAAGCAUAAUUACUGUCGAAAUCCGACGAAUGAUCCAAAAGGGCCUUGGUGCUAUACGACCAACAAAAAUGUCCAUUUUGCGUACUGCGAUAUUCCUUCUUGCUGA